GUGUUAUAAUCUAGUUCCUACUUCUCACAUUACCGCUCAUAUAAAAAGACGUUUGUACGGAGUGACGCGUUAGUUUCUCGACGACGGCUGGCGGUGAGAGGUACCGUUAAGUGAUCGACAUCUUGUGCAUUAGCCUACGGCUGUGAAUUUCACCUCCGUGAUAACCGGAAACCAUCCGUGAAUAUGCUGCGUAUCGUGAAGACUCUCUCGGCGCCCAAGAACGUCAGUAAAGCCCUCGAGACGUCCUUAGGAACUUGGAAUGCACCCAGAUGUUUGGCUACUCAAGCUGCAGUGAAGACCGCCCCUGUGGAAAAGGAGAAUGUCGCCACGAAGGAGUCGCAGUCCUUCACCAUGAAUAUCUUCCGUAGCCAGUUGCAGUUGAGCCAAGUAUUUCCUUUCCCCGAGCCUAUGACCGAGGAACAACUCGACACAGUCAAAAUGCUGAUAGAUCCCAUGGAAAAAUUUUACGAGGAAAUAAACGACCCAAUGAAAAACGACCAGAAUGCGUCCAUAGACGAGAAAACGGCGGCCGCUCUCUGGGAACUGGGAGCGUUCGUUCUACAAGUGCCCCAGGAGUACGGCGGCUUAGGACUGACCAACACACAGUACAGUCGAUGCGUCGAGAUUUGCGGCUACCACGAUCUUGGCCUGGGCAUCACUCUUGGCGCGCAUCAGAGCAUAGGAUUCAAGGGUAUACUUCUAUUCGGCACCCCGGAGCAAAAGGCCAAGUACCUUCCCAGGGUUUGCAACAGUGAAUAUGCCGCCUUUUGUCUAACCGAGCCCGGUUUCGGCUCCGACGCCAAUUCCAUACGCUCCCGCGCUGUCAAGUCCGCGGACGGAUCGCAUUACGUUCUAAACGGCAGCAAGAUCUGGAUAUCAAAUGGUGGUAUCGCCAAUAUAAUGACCGUGUUCGCGCAAGUACCUCAGACGGACCCGGAUACUGGCGUGACGAAGGACAAAAUGACCAGCUUCAUCGUCGAGAGGGCCUUCGGCGGUAUCACCAGCGGACCACCCGAAAAGAAGAUGGGCAUCAGGUGUAGCAACACGGCGGAGAUAUUCUUUGAGGAUGUCAAGAUCCCGGCAGAAAAUGUUCUCGGCAAGGAGGGCCAAGGUUUCAAGGUCGCAAUGAAUAUUCUGAACAACGGCAGAUUUGGCAUGGCUGCGGCCUUAUCUGGCACUAUGCGUUAUUGCAUGAGCAAGGCCGUGAAUCACGCAACCCAACGUGUGCAAUUCGGUCGUACUUUGGACAAUUACGGCACCAUACAGGAAAAAAUAGCACGCAUGGCAAUACUACACUAUGUCACCGAGUCUUUGGCAUAUAUGAUUUCCGGCAAUAUGGACCAAGGAAGUCAAGAUUAUCACUUAGAAGCGGCUAUCUCCAAGUGCUUCGCAUCGGAGUCCGCAUGGUGGGUGUGCGACGAGGCUAUCCAGACGUUGGGCGGAAUGGGCUUCAUGCGCGAUUGCGGUCUCGAACGCGUGAUGCGUGACUUGCGCAUAUUCCGAAUCUUCGAGGGUACAAACGACAUUCUGAGGCUGUUCGUAGCACUUACGGGAAUUCAAUAUGCCGGUAGCCACUUGAAAGAGUUACAGAAGGCCUUCAAGAACCCCGGCGCAAAUGUAGGUCUGCUCUUCGGAGAAGCUACCAAGCGAGCGACCAGAGCAAUCGGCUUGAGCUCAACGCCCACUUUUACGCACUUGGUGCAUCCGAAAUUGACGGAAAGCGCUGUACUUUGCUCGAAGAACGUGGAGGCUUUUGGUCAAACCAUAGAAGCCUGCCUCAUAAAAUAUGGGCGAAACAUCGUCGACGAGCAGUACGUCCUCAACAGGCUCACGCAAGCCGCGUUCGACAUGACAACGAUGGCGAUUGUAUUGAGCAGAGCGACUAGGUCGUUGAACAAGAAUCUGCCCAGUGCGGAGCACGAGCUCUUGAUGGCUCAGACUUGGUGUGUGGAGGCAUCUAGCCGCGUCGCCUACAAUCUGCAGAAUGCCACCUCCGCAAAACAACUGGACAUAUUUAGCAAACUAAGCAAAAUUUCGAGAAACGUGUUCGAUGUCGGCGGAAACGUCCAGUUGAACCCUCUAGGCUUUUAAUAGUACCGUAAAUUUAUUUUGAAAUGAUUUUAUUCGGUUUUGCUGCUGUUGCGUCUUGGAGAUAUGAAAAAAAAAUUGUUUUUCAUAUAACGUAGGUAACUGUCAUUGUAAAAUAGGUAGUAACUUUUCUCAAUAUUUUGUUAUCUUUGAUUAUCGUUAGUUCGAUUGAAAUGACCUGAAAGUUUUUUGAGGGUUUAACUGUAGAAAUAAUAGAAUCAAACGAAAAAAGGCUGAAUCUAAUAAUAAUUAUUUUUUCUUUUUUUUAAAGGGACAAAUUAAAUGUUUCGUUUCAUUAAAAUGUUUUCUUGUAACAGGAUAAAAAAAAGAAUAUCGGUAUCCGGUCAUCUUUCCUCCAAAAUCAACUUUCGUGUGAAAUACUGUCGCUCUUCGUAAUCGAGUGUAAAUAUCUUCCACGAAAACUUGGACAGCUUUGACAGAUUAAAAUAAUUAAUAAUACAAAUAAAUAAAACUCGUAAGGUAUAAGACAUAAGGUGUCCAGAUGUAUAUAUAUAAAAUUAUGUAUUUUUUAAUAUUCGUACCUUUACACGAAACAACGAUUUUCAAAUAAACAGUUAUAAAUAAUACGAUCUAUUUGACGUUA